UAUACGAGUUUACUUACAGGAAAAAGAAGAAGUGGCCCUUGUCAUUUCAAAGUUGUUACUUGCAAUUUUUAGCUGUUUUUAGUUUUCAAGUUACACUUUGAGCAAUUAUUGAAUUAAUUUUUGAACCACCUCUUAUUUCUAUUUGAUCAGUCUUCAAAAUGUUUCUAACUAGAAGCGAAUAUGAUCGAGGAGUAAACACCUUUUCGCCGGAAGGGCGACUAUUUCAAGUAGAAUAUGCUAUAGAAGCUAUUAAAUUAGGCUCUACAGCUAUUGGAAUAUGUACCAGUGAAGGGGUAGUAUUGGCAGUGGAAAAACGUAUUACUUCCCCAUUAAUGGAAGCUACCACCAUUGAAAAAAUUGUGGAAGUUGACAAGCAUAUUGGAUGUGCAGUGUCAGGUCUUAUGGCUGAUUCAAGGACCAUGAUAGAUCGAGCUCGUGUAGAAUGUCAGAAUCACUGGUUCGUCUACAAUGAAAAUAUAAGUGUAGAAUCCUGUGCUCAAGGAGUAUCAAAUUUAGCUAUACAGUUUGGUGAUUCAGAUGAUGAUGGUGCCGCUAUGUCAAGACCAUUUGGAGUGGCCAUUUUAUUUGCAGGUAUAGAUGAAAAAGGACCUCAAUUAUAUCAUAUGGAUCCCUCCGGUACAUAUGUACAGUUUGAUGCCAAAGCUAUUGGAUCAGGUUCAGAGGGAGCUCAACAAAGCUUACAAGAAGCUUACCAUCGUAGUAUGACUUUGGAAGAAGCUACUACUACUGCUUUGACAAUUUUGAAGCAAGUAAUGGAAGAAAAACUCAAUUCCUCUAAUGUUGAAGUUAUGACAAUGACUCCUAAAGAUUUGUUUCAUAUGUUUACUAAGGAACAGGUGGAAGAGGUAAUUGCUAAACUUAAGUAGAUUUUUAAGAAUUUCAAAAUGAUUAAGAGGGAGUAAAUGAGAUUUGUUUAUAAGAAUUUCUUUAUACACAAUAAAAAAAAUAGAAUAAAUGGAAAUUCUUCAACCUUUCCUCUUUCCAAAAUAUCCAGUGUCUAAAAAUCAUAUUUGAACAUUUAUAAUUUAUUAAUGUAGGUCCAUGAAACUAAUAUUUCAUCAUUUCUGACUCGAGUGUGUAAUUUUAUACCAUUAUUUUCAUUUUAUUAUAUUUCAUAUAUUAUUAUACAUACAUACAUAUUAAACUAUGUUGUAGAUACUUAUUUUAGUUAAAAUACUUGAAAUUUAUAAAAUGAUUGUGCUCAAUCCUUAUAGAAAUUGGACUUUGGCUAGUUUUUCUCAAACUUGAUAGUUUAGAGUUUGGAGUAAGUUGUUUAAAAGCCUCAAAAAUACCCCUAAAAAGUCCAAGGGUAUCAUAACAGGAGAGGCUUCGGCCGAUUUUCCAGAAACUUGACACAAUGAUAGUUUGAAACAAGCUAAUUAAAAGUCUCAGUUUAACUGAUUUAUGUUUAUAUAUAAGACUUAUAAAUAUUUUUCUUUGAAUUAGCAUUAUGACAAGUUUGGCUUAAACCAAUUCCCCUCCUUACAAAGUAUCCUUGGACGCCUCAUGGAUAGUUAUAAAGGUUUUGGGGUUUUGAACACAAAGCUUGCUUUGAAUUAUCAUCGUGUCAAGUUUCAGAAUAUCUGACCAAAACUUCUCCUCUUAAGGUACCCUUGGACUCUUCAGGGGUUUUUGGGGUGGAGAGGCCAACAAUAUAUUAUACUUCUUAACAAUAGUGUUAAUUAUGGGCGACUAAUCAUUAUAAAAGGUGAUCUACCUGACUCACCACUGUCAUUUAGCCGUCAAACGUCAACUGAUAUACAUCUCCAUUAAUGGACACAACAAGUGAAAAAGCUGCUCAAGUCAUCACUCUAUUGCGACACGGUCAGAGGCAGCAAGAGGUCAAUCUACUGUUUAUAGAGUUUACUGUCGUCACCAAGAGAAGGGUAACUUUCAUCGAAGACGCUGUUCCUGAAGAAAAAGCUGCACAUCGAAGAGAGAUGACCGAUGAAGAGCUUAGUGAAACGCGAGGAAUGCCUUUGAGUGGCUGAACAGUCAGAAAAAGACUUAACGACAGCUAAUCUUGGGCCAAAAAGCCAGCUACUGGUCUCAAAUGAACCUUAGCCCAACGAGCAUGCCGAGAACAAGUUAAUUGAACUGAUGAACAACGAGACUCCGAGAAAUGGAGAAAGAUUCCUGCAGUGUUGCAUGACUUUUGGAGUAGGUUCUUGGAUGGUUUAGGCGGAUCAUUCAACGGAAGCAAAAACCGAGUUGAUUUUUAUCGAAAUUGGCGAUGGACCGAGGGGAUUAACGACGAACCAUCCAAAGAAGAAAUUUUAGGAGACCACGUCGUUCUACACGCCUGUUUCAUACUGCAGUUUAUGUACGGUAGUAUUUACAGGAUGUCGAAAUUGAUGCUAUGAAUGGCCAGCGCGUGGCCCGGACUUGAAUCCUAUCGAGAAUUUAUGAACUUGAAAGAAAACUUCGGGCUAGUAAUCCUGCAUUAGCCACGAAAUCGUACCUCAAAACGGCGCUUACUGAAGAAUGGGGAAGCAUCGAACAAGAUAGAGUAAAGAAACUUAUUCGAUUCAAUAGGCGAUUGGAAGCUGUUGUUAGGGCCAGGGAAGGGAACAUUAAAUAUUGAUAGGUUACUCUCAAAUAAAUUUUGAUGUACUUAA